AUGGAAUGGUGCUGUGCCCCGUGCCAGAAGGCCCCGCUCACCAUGGUGCUGAGUGCCUUCCUGGCGCGAGGGAGAGACGUGUGCAGGCGGAAUGGGCUGCUCAUCUUAUCUGUGCUGUCUGUCAUCGUGGGCUGCCUCCUUGGCUUCUUUCUGAGGACCCAACGCCUCUCCCCACAGGAAAUUAGUUACUUCCAGUUCCCUGGAGAGCUCUUGAUGAGGAUGUUGAAGAUGCUGAUCCUACCACUGGUGGUCUCCAGCUUGAUGUCUGGCCUUGCCUCCUUGGAUGCCAAGACCUCUAGCCGCCUGGGCAUCCUCACCGUGGCAUACUACCUAUGGACCACCUUCUUGGCCGUUAUCGUGGGCAUCAUCAUGGUCUCCAUCAUCCACCCAGGUGGUGCAGCCCAGAAGGAGAUAACAGAGCAGAGUGGGAAGCCUGUCAUGAGCUCGGCGGACGCCCUGCUGGACCUCAUCCGGAACAUGUUCCCAGCCAACCUGGUGGAAGCCACAUUCAAACAGUACCGCACCAAGAGCACUCCAGUUAUCAAGUCCCCCAAGGUGACCCCAGAGGAAGCCUCUCCUCGGAGGAUCCUCAUCUAUGGAGUCCAGGAAGAGAAUGGCUCUCGUGUGCAGAACUUCGCCCUGGACCUGACCCCGGCACCUGAGGUGGUUUACAAGUCAGAGCCAGGCACCAGCGAUGGCAUGAAUGUGCUGGGCAUCGUCAUCUUCUCUGCCACCAUGGGCAUCAUGCUGGGCCGCAUGGGUGACAGCGGGGCUCCACUGGUCAGCUUCUGCCAGUGCCUCAAUGAGUCUGUCAUGAAGAUUGUGGCUUUGGCUGUGUGGUACUUCCCCUUUGGCAUUGUGUUCCUCAUCGCUGGCAAGAUCCUGGAGAUGGAUGACCCCAAGGCUGUUAGGAAGAAGCUGGGUUUCUACGCCAUCACUGUGGUGUGCGGGCUCGUGGUCCACGGCCUCUUCAUCCUGCCCCUGCUCUACUUCCUCAUCACCAGGAAGAACCCCAUCGUCUUCAUCCGCGGUGUCCUCCAGGCCCUGCUCAUCGCACUGGCCACCUCCUCCAGCUCAGCCACACUGCCCAUCACCUUCAAGUGCCUGCUGGAGAACAACCACAUCGACCGGCGCAUUGCCCGCUUUGUGCUGCCUGUAGGCGCCACCAUCAACAUGGACGGCACUGCGCUCUACGAGGCCGUGGCUGCCAUCUUCAUUGCCCAGGUCAACAACUACGAGCUGGACUUUGGCCAAAUCAUCACCAUCAGUAUCACAGCCACUGCAGCCAGCAUCGGGGCAGCUGGAAUCCCCCAGGCUGGGCUUGUCACCAUGGUCAUCGUGCUUACCUCUGUGGGACUGCCCACCGACGACAUCAACCUCAUCAUCGCUGUGGACUGGGCUCUGGACCGAUUCCGCACCAUGAUUAACGUGCUGGGUGAUGCAUUGGCUGCAGGGAUCAUGGCCCACAUCUGCCGGAAGGACUUUGCUCGGGAUACAGGCACUACCGAGAAACUGCUACCCUGCGAGACCAAGCCCAUGAGCCUCCAGGAGAUUGUGGCAACCCAGCAGAACGGCUGUGUGAAGAGUGUGGCUGAGCCCUCCGAGCUGACCUUGGGUCCUGCCUGCCCCCACCAUGUCCCUGUACAGGUGGAGCAGGAUGAGGAGCCAGCCAUCACCAGUCUGGACCAUUGCACCAUUGAGAUCAGUGAGCUUGAGACUAAUGUCUGAGCAUGCAGGGGCUGCAGGGACCAGGCAAGACCCCUGGGGCCAGGAGCCAGGGGCAGGAUCUUAACUCACAGCUCACAGAGAACAUGCUCACACAUUCUUCCCCUUGCUGAGGGGCUGGAAUUGGCUCUAUGGGUGGAAAAUGGGGUCUUCAAAAGGGAAGGUGUAUACAGGAACCCCAGUCAGGGAGCAAUGGCCUGCAAAGCCCAAGCCCUAGCUGUGACCACUUCUGCCCUGAAAGAGCACCAGGCAGGGGUUAUUGUCCCCAUCUUCUGGAUGACAGGUUUGAGAGCUGAAAACACUUUCUCAAGAUCUAAAACAAGCAAUACUAGCGCCAAGAUACUAACUUAAGUCUUUCGGGGCUUGGCCACCACCUCUUGAAGGAGAGGGUGGCCCGCUUCCAAUAUAUGAAGACAAAAUAACAAUGUCCUGGUUUCUGCCCCAGCUGUGUCCAGGUCCAGGCCAGUCCCCUAUCCCACCCUAGAGCAUGUGGCCUCAGUUAAUCGGCUCUCCUCAAGGGCGGGCCCAUCACAGGACCAGACCCACCGCCUUCCACGGGCCACAGCCUGCCCUGUCUCUGCCCACAUGUCGCAAAAAGCUCAUCUGAUGUGGAGACAGAUGUCUUCAGCAGGGUUGGACGGCCUCGUGGACACAUCCAGGCCAGACUCCCAUGGGAUGGGUGGGCCAGGCCAGGCCUCCAGAAGGGAAGUGCUUGGGCCGAGGUGCCAGUGGCUCCCUUGGGUCAGAACUCCACAAAGGCCUAUGUGGGAAAGUGGAGUCAGAGUUCAUACCCUGUCUGUGUUUGUAAAUUCAGUGAUAACUAAAUAAAGAUGUUUGGUUUUUCAAGUCCUACAGCU